AACCAUGGCAGCUCAUUUUAGAAACCUCAUUUGAUCACCUGAAGACAACUUGAGGAGCCACCGAUUGGCCGUCCGCACACUUAAGUCCUGCCAUCCUGGCCCUGGCCGCACAGUGUCGCGUCGUCCUGGGGUUUGGAGAAGGCAGGUUUCAGGACCCUGGGGAAGUCCUCUUUACUCCUCUUGCCUCCUCUCCCCCUUUCAGCAGUUAUUGCUACUGUACUCAACCGAAGCCAAACAUUCAGACCAGGAUAACUGCUUGAGCCUUUAAAUUCUCUCCAAGUGCUCCACCAAUGCAGGGAUAUUGUACGGCGAGCGCGCAGAGCCACAGAGUGCCAGCACUGGAGGAGGGCAUGUGAAAUAAAAGCAUGACCGGGAGGAUGUACCUGGCGCUGCUAUCCGCUUUUCACCUGCUGAAUGUCAUUUGGGGACAAUUUUUUCCAGGCGGCUGCUCAUUUGAAGAGCAUUACAGCAGUUGUGGGUACAGCGUGGCCCUGGGGACCAAUGGAUUUGCGUGGGAGCAAAUUAACACAUGGGAAAAGCCGUCAAUGGACGCUGCAGUGCCAACAGGUUCUUUCUUGAUGGUCAACAGCAGUGGGAGGGCAUCUGGUCAAAAGGCACAUCUUCUUCUGCCUACAUUAAAGGAGAAUGACACACACUGCAUUGAUUUCCAUUACUCCAUGUCUAGUAGAGAUGGCUCCACCCCUGGAUAUCUCAACGUCUAUGUGAAAGUGAAUGGUGGACCACAGGGAAACCCAGUUUGGAACACUUCUGAUGGUGUGACGGAGGGCUGGGUCAAAGCAGAGCUAGCCAUCAGCACAUUUUGGCCCAACUCCUAUCAGGUGAUUUUUGAGGCGGUGUCCCUGAAGGCUCAUCCCGGAUACAUUGCAGUGGAUGAAGUGCGGGUGUUGGCUCACCCUUGCAGGAAAGCUCCUCAUUUCCUGCGGCUGCAGAAUGUGGAAGUCAAUGUUGGACAAAACGCAUCCUUUCAGUGCUUUGCCAGUGGCAAGUGGUCUCAACAUGACAAGCUUUGGCUGCAGCAGUGGAAUGGAAAAGACACUGCGCUGAUGGUCACCCGGGUCGUCAACCACCGUCGCUUCUCUGCCAACGUCAACGUUGCCGACACGUCACAGCGCAGUGUGAGCAAGUACAGAUGUGUUAUCCGGUCAGACGGUGGCUCUGGAGUCUCCAACUACGCGGAACUAAUUGUAAAAGCUCCGCCGACCCCAAUUGCUCCCCCUGAGCUCUUGGCUGUAGGUGCUACCUACCUGUGGAUCAAACCCAAUGCCAACUCGAUCAUUGGGGACGGGCCCAUUAUUCACAAGGAAGUGGAGUAUCGCACCACCACUGGAAACUGGGUCGAGUCCCACACUGUAGAUUCACCCACUUACAAGCUGUGGCACCUGGAUCCAGACGUGGAGUAUGAAAUUAAAGUCCUGCUAACUCGACCUGGAGAUGGAGGCACUGGGCCACCUGGCCCUCCACUGAUCACCCGAACAAAGUGUGCUGAUCCUGUUCAUGGGCCCCAGAAUGUUGAGGUAGUGGAUGUCCGUGCCCGCCAACUGACCCUCCAGUGGGAACCCUUUGGCUAUGUUGUCACACGAUGCCACAGCUACAACCUAACAGUCCAGUACCAGUAUGUUUUCAACCAGCAUGAGUUUUCUGCCGAGGAGAUGAUUCAGACAUCGUCACACUACACCCUGCGAGGCAUGAGGCCCUUUGUGACCGUUCGACUCAGGCUUGUCCUGUCAAACCCAGAAGGAAGAAAAGAGAGUGAAGAAAUAGUGAAACAGACAGAAGAAGACGUUCCUGGAGCAGUGCCUCUCGAUUCUAUCCAAGGGGGACCUUUUGAGGAGAAGAUUUAUUUGCAGUGGAAGGAGCCCAAUGAGACCAAUGGGAUCAUCACUCUUUAUGAGGUUUUCUACACAGCCGUCCUCUCCCUGGACCCAAGAGCUGAUCUGUCGAAGCAGCAUGGGAAGGUGUUCAAGCUCCGUAAUGAAACCCAUCACCUGUUUGUGGGGCUGCAGCCGGGUACAACGUACUCAUUUACCAUCAAAGCCAGCACAGUGAAAGGAUUUGGUCCCCCGGUCACAACACGAGUUACAACCAAGAUAUCUGCCCCAAUGAUGCCAGAGUACGAUACUGACACGCCACUGAAUGAGACGGACACGACCAUUACUAUUCUGCUGAAGCCAGCCCAGUCACGAGGCGCUCCAGUCAGUGCCUACCAGCUGGUGGUAAAGGAAGAGCGCAAACAGAAGGCCCGACGUGCGGCGGAUGUCAUCGAAUGCUUUGCCAUCCCAGUCAGCUUCAAGAAUGCAUCCAUUCUUGACUCGCCACACUACUUUGCAGCAGAACUGAAGCCUAUAGACCUUGUGGCCAUACAGCCAUUCACAGUUGGAGACAACAAGACCUAUAAUGGAUACUGGAAUGCCCCUCUGUCACCCGUGAAGAGCUACAGCAUUUAUUUUCAGGCACUGAGCAGUGCCAAUGGGGAAACAAAAAUUAACUGUGUCCGACUGGCUACGAAAGUGGUAAUAGGUAGGGGACAAAACACCACGCCGUACAUUCUUGUCAUCCCCAGUGAAGGCGCCUCCACACAGAAUUCAGAUGCCGUGGAGCCGGAGAAGCAGGUGGACAACACGGUGAAAAUGGCAGGAGUUGUCGCUGGGAUUCUAAUGUUUGUCAUCAUUCUGCUAGGAGUCAUGCUUGCUGUCAAACGAAGAAGAAAUGCUCAUUCCUACUCUUACUAUCUGAAACUGGCCAAAAAGCAAAAGGAAAGUCAGACCAGCACCCAACGAGAAAUGGGACCUGUGGCAGUGAUGGACAAAGCAGCAGCUAAACUCAGCACUCUUCACAAAGAUGAGGCCUUUUCCUCGAGCUCGCAGGAUAUCAACGGUUUCUCUACCUCCUCUCCCCGCCCAUUCUCUGUACAGAGUAAAACCCUCCAGAGCAAAACUCUACUGAAUUCCUACUACUCAGUGUCUUCAGAUCCUGUCCCGCCAGCUGCUUCGAUAGAUGGCAGCCAUGGUGAGAUAAGCCAGCCCACCCUGACGAUCCAAACCUACCCUUAUGGAGGUUGUGAAUCAAUGGAGAUGUCCUACCAGGCCGGGCAGUUUCAGCCUGCCAUUCGAGUUGCUGAUCUGCUACAGCACAUCACUCAGAUGAAAUGUGGGCAAGGUUAUGGAUUCAAGGAGGAGUAUGAGGGUCUUCCUGAAGGACAGACAGCACCCUGGGACACUGCCAAAAAAGAUGAGAACCGUAACAAAAACCGUUAUGGCAACAUCAUUGCAUAUGACCACACCAGGGUAAGACUGCAGCUACAGGAUGGAGACCCACACUCGGAUUACAUCAAUGCAAAUUAUAUAGAUGGCUAUCACAGACCACGGCACUAUAUCGCCACACAAGGUCCAAUGCAAGAAACUGUGCGGGACUUCUGGAGAAUGAUUUGGCAAGAAAAUUCGAGCAGCAUCGUUAUGGUGACGAACCUGGUGGAAGUGGGGCGGGUGAAGUGUGUCCGGUAUUGGCCUGAUGAUACCGAGAUCUAUGGAGAUAUUAAAGUCACCCUCAUUGAAACAGAGCCACUCGCCGAAUACGUCAUACGCACCUUCACUGUUCAAAAGAAGGGUCAUCAUGACAUACGAGAGAUCCGACAGUUUCACUUUACUAGCUGGCCAGAUCAUGGCGUCCCCUGCUAUGCCACCGGCCUGUUGGGCUUCAUCCGGCAAGUCAAGUUCCUCAACCCCUCUGAUGUUGGCCCUGUUGUGGUGCACUGCAGCGCCGGCGCUGGCAGGACAGGCUGUUUCAUUGCUGUGGACAUCAUGCUGGACAUGGCGGAGAAUGAAGGUGUAGUGGACGUGUUCAACUGUAUCCGGGAGCUGCGUUCUCAGAGGGUCAACAUGGUGCAGACUGAAGAGCAGUAUGUGUUUGUGCAUGACGCGAUUCUGGAAGCCUGUCUCUGUGGAAACACUGCCAUCCCUGUCUGCGAGUUCAGGGCCAUCUACUACAACAUCAGUCGAAUAGAUCCACAGACCAACUCCAGUCAGAUCAAAGAUGAAUUCCAGACUCUAAACAUUGUGACACCACGGAUGAGGCCCGAAGACUGCAGUGUUGGACUCCUGCCUCGGAAUCAUGACAAGAACCGGAGCCUGGAUGUCCUGCCUGUGGACCGCUGCCUGCCUUUCCUAAUAUCAGUCGAUGGGGAGUCCAGCAACUACAUCAAUGCAGCCCUCAUGGAUAGUCACAAGAAGCCAGCAGCCUUUAUUGUCACUCAGCAUCCCCUGCCCAACACAGUGGCUGAUUUCUGGAGGCUUGUGUUUGACUACAACUGCUCAUCAAUUGUAAUGCUCAAUGAGAUGGACAGUGCACAGCUCUGUAAGCAGUAUUGGCCUGAGAAGAGCUGCCUGUGCUAUGGACCCAUUCAGGUGGAGUUCAUCUCAGCUGAUAUUGAUGAAGACAUCAUUAACAGAAUAUUUCGUAUUUGCAACAUGGCUCGGCCACAAGAUGGCUACCGUUUAGUCCAGCAAUUCCAGUUCAUUGGUUGGCCAGCCUACCGAGAAACCCCUCUAUCCAAGCGGUCCAUCCUUCAGCUGGUCCGACGUCUUGCAAAAUGGCAGGAGCAGUACGAUGGUGGAGAUGGACGCACAGUUGUCCACUGUUUGACGGGAGGAGGCCGAAGUGGGACCUUCUGUGCUAUUUGCAGUAUCAACGAGAUGAUCCAACAGCAGAACAUUGUGGAUGUGUUCCAUACUGUCAAGACACUGCGUAACAACAAAUCAAAUAUGGUGGAGACACUGGAUCAAUACAAGUUCUGCUAUGAAGUUGCCCAAGAAAGUCUGAGCUCAUUCUGAGUCAACCUGUGAAUGGGUCAAGGACUUCCUGAAUGUGAUAACAGAUUAGAGGUGUGGCAGGUGGUCUUUCAACUCCUUGCGGUACAGAAGUCCACGUGGUUAAACAAACAGCAUUCACUGUCAGCAGCGGCUUCCCAAGACAACCAGGCAGAUAAUUAUUAUACUGUCUGACAAAGAACGCCUACCCUGAGGCAGAAAGCCUUUUACUAGACUUUGGGAACUGUGAGCAGAGACUUUAGCCAUCAGUUCCUUGUUGACAGUCACUGUGUGCUGAUAUGGGACUCCUGUGACCAACGCUCAACUGCUGGAUGAUGAUGACCUGCAGACCCUUUUGUUUUCUUCUCAAUGCCUGUAUUUUGAUAUGUGCGUGUUCACGUCUUUAAGGCACCCGUGUUACCUCCCGUUCUGUGGACUUUUGACAGGUCUCAUCACUCCCUCUUCUCUGUUAAAGUGAGGGUGCCAUACUGAAUCGCAUUACAGGGCGAGCGAAGCUGAACCAAACCUUUCCUUCUGGAGUUUCCAUUGUCUUGUUUGACUCAAAUAAAACUGAAAAUUGACUUGCA